CCAAACUUCACCCGUGUCUGAUUCAAAAGGGAGGGAAGCUUCACUUCCAUCUUUGGAUGAUCUGAUAGAGCAAAGUCUUGGAGACUUCGGGUGGAGACAACUCCUUCAAUCUCUUCUUGUAUCUUUCACAAUGUUCUUCGAUGCACAACAAUCAUUUAUCACCAUCUUCACCGAUGCUCACCCACCGUGGCACUGUACUUCCACCGAUCACAUCACUUGUGACCCAAAAAAUUCCGACAUCUGCAAACUUCCAAGAUCUACUUGGUCCUGGGAUGGACUCUCUUCUAAGACAAUCAUAUCUCAGUGGAACCUUGAAUGUGGUAGUUCUUUCAUUACAGGUUUACCACAAUCUUCUUUCUUCAUGGGGUGCUUAGUUGCUGGGUUUCUUUUCGCCACCUUUGCUGAUUCAUCUCUUGGCAGGAAGAACGUUUUGUUUCUAUCUUGUUUAACCAUGUCAAUUGCUUCAAGCAUCAUUGUCUUCUCCCCCAAUGUCUGGGUUUACUCGGCUUUCAAGUUUUUGAUUGGAUUUUGCCGCUCCUCGCUCGGAACUUGUUCCCUGGUUUUGUUGACAGAGAGAGUGCGUAAAGAGUGGAGGUUCCGAGUUGGAGUGCUUGAGUAUAUUUGGUUCACAUUAGGAUUUCUAUCUCUGCCUGGUAUAGCUUAUGUUAAUAAAGAUUCCUCAUGGAAGUCUCUUUACCUAUGGACAUCAAUUCCUGGAAUUUUCUAUUCUAUCUUUGGUUAUCUUUUUGUUACAGAGUCUCCUAGGUGGCUUCUCAUGCAAGGUCGAGAAAAAGAAGCCAUGGCUACGCUCAAAGGAAUCACUUUAACUUCAUCAGGACUUGGUGGGACUGUGACUUCAACCCAAUUAUUAGUACUCGCCCAACAACAAAAUGCUUCAAUUUUGAACCUCUACUCAUCGAUCAGGGAACUGUUUGGAAAAACUUGGGCUCUUAAACGAGUUGUGACAGUUAUGAUACUUGGUUUUGGAAUUGGAAUGGUAUAUUUUGGCGUGCCUUUGAACGUGGGAAACUUGGGAGUCAACAUAUAUUUGAGCACUGCCUUUAAUGCUUUAUUAGACAUACCGGCUUUUAUAGCCACCUACUUGUUGGAUAAUUGCAGAAGAAAGCCUUCAAUUCUAGGUUUCUCCAUAGCAAGUGGGAUUAGUUGUUUGAUUUGUGCUGUGAUAAGAAAUGAGCUUCAUACAGUGAAGCUAUGGCUUUCUUUGGUGUCAUUUUUCAGUGUAGGUACAGCUUUCAAUGUGUUUCUGAUAUAUGUGAUAGAGCUGUUUCCCACAAGUGUAAGGAACACUGCAACAUCGAUGGCGAGGCAGGCCAUUGUAUUUGGAGCCAUAUUCAGCCCAUUUUUGAUAUCACAAGGAAGGAAAAAUGACUUUUUCUCUUAUGGCAUAUUUGGGGUUAUGAUAUUAGGCAGUGCUUCUUCUAUUCUAUGCUUACCAGAAACCAGAGGAAUUGUUCUAUGUGAUACAAUGGAUCAACAGGUGAGGAAAGAAGGCAGAAAUGUGCAAUGAAGUAUUUAUAUAUUAAACUCAAGUAUUUAUAUCAGUAAUGAAGUAACCUGGAUCCUUUUUGUGCUGAACUCUGAGUCUCUAAACAUUCUUGUUGAUUUGCUUAUGAAGAGAGAGCAGGGCUUUGAAUUCCUACUGUGAUAAUGCUUAGAUUUCUUUGGCGUGAACCUUGUACUAUCUUCUCCAUUUUAGUUCAGUUUAUCAUAAUAAAUUGACUUGGUAGUUUUAUGUAA